AUGCCCACUAUACUCAUCACGGGCGCCGCAGGGCGCACAUCCGGCUAUGUCCUCCGCGCCCUCCUCGAGUCCAAGUCCGUCCCUCCGUCGGACAUCCGCCUCUUCGUGCGAUCCCAAGGUGCCUUCGCGCUCGGGGACUACCUCGAGGCGAGCACGCUCCCGCCUGCGCUUAAGGGCGUCGACAUCGUCUUCCACAACGGGCCCGCGUUCCACGCGCUCGAGAGCGCGAUGGGCAUCGCCCUGAUCGACGCUGCGAAACAGGCGGGCGUGAAGCACUUCGUGUACUGCAGCGUGCUCUACUCCGUGCUGACGAAGAUGGUCAACCACAAGGCGAAGUUCUACGUCGAGGAACAUCUGAUCGAGUCCGGCCUCAACUUCACGAUCCUCCAGCCGUCCUCCCUCAUGCAAAAUUUCAAUCUCGAACGGGCCGUCUCAACGGGCGUCCUCCCUGCGAUGUAUAACCCCAAGACACUGCAGGGCUACCUCGACCUCCAAGACCUCGCCGAGAUCGCCCGCCUUGUCAUCCUCAGCCCUGGUCAACACAAUCGCGCGCGGUACGACCUCGUUGGCGAGAACGCAACUUUCGAGGACGUCGCACGAGAGAUCUCCACGGCGGCAGGGAAGGACAUCAAGAUUGAGUCAAUUCUGCGGGAUCAGGUUAUGAGCAAGGGCGCAACGCAUCUCAAUAUCGCAAGUGACUACGGAACAGAGGGUUUGAGUCGGAUGCUAUUCUACUACGAUAGAAGGGGAAUCCCAGGUUCCAACAACAUAGCCCGAUGGCUCCUUGGUAGGGAGCCCACAUCCAUCUCUGGCAGGAUUCGUCGCGACAUUCAAGAGUUCCAUGGGUAG